GUUCAGCUGCGUGCCUGGAUUGGCUGAAUGGCUGUGGGAAACACCAGCAACCUCCAGACUCACAUAUCUGCUAAAGGCUUCAGUGUAUAAAUAGAGGUGGUCAGACACUGCCAGAGCACAGCCUCAUGCUCAGCACUGCAGCCCACGUGGACAGGCUGCACCCAGGGCUGACAGCACCUGGAAUGGCUCCCAGUAACACCCUCAUGAUCCACAUGGAUGAGAAACUGCUGCCAAAAGAGAAGAAUAAACUCAGGAAGCCGGUGGUGGAGAAAAUGCGCCGUGACCGGAUUAACAGCAGCAUUGAGCAGCUGAAGCUGCUCCUGGAGAAGGAGUUCCAGAGACACCAACCCAACUCCAAGCUGGAGAAAGCCGAUGUCCUGGAGGUGGCCGUCAGCUACCUGAAGCAGCAGAGCCAGCUGCAGGAGCCAGCAUUCAUUCACAAGAACCCAGAGCAGGACUUCAAUAGCGGAUACCUGCGGUGCUUAAAGGAAGCGAUGCAUUUUCUAUCCUACUACGAACCCAGGAAGGAAACUCAGGCCCAGCUCAUCAAGCACUUCUGCAAAGCUCAGAUGGGCACAGACGUCCUGCACUCUCCUGCCACACGCAGUGCACCUCGCUCACCCUGUGUGUUUGUCAGAAAGCAGCCUGCCCAGAAAACUGCCCAGAAAUCUGCGCAGAAAACUGCCCAGAAAACUGCAGCAGUAGCCCAUACCAUCUGGAGACCCUGGCUCUCAGUAAUGGCACCCAGCGCUCUCUCCCUGGAAAUCCUGACACCCAAAGAGAAGAACAGACUCAGAAAACCCAUUGUAGAGAAACUGCGCCGCGAUAGGAUUAACAGCAGCAUCGAGCAGCUGAAGGUGCUGCUGGAGAAGGAGUUCCAGAGACACCAACCCAACUCCAAGCUGGAGAAAGCCGAUGUCCUGGAGAUGACUGUCAGCUACCUGAAAUACAGCCGAGCUUUUGCAGCCUCUGCCAAAAGCCUGCAGCAGGAUUACUGUGAAGGGUACGCCUGGUGCCUCAAAGAAGCUCUGCAAUUCCUCUCUCUCCAUUCAGCAAACACAGAAACCCAGCUGAAGCUGAUCUGCCAUUUCCAGAGGUCACAAGCAAUGCCCAAGGACUCUGCUUCUCCUGCACCCACUUCCACCCACCAACCCUGUGCAAAACAAACACCAGCAAAGCCCUCCUGCAAUCUCUGGAGGCCUUGGUAGGCCAAGAGCACACUCACCAUCACCUGGACACUAGUGCAUAUAACAGAGGAGACCACGACUUGCUACAGAAGUCCCCCUACUCCUCUCACCAGUAGGAAAAAGUGUUUUCCUUCCGCAGAGCAUCACUGCAUGUGGGUGCAGAGCAUCACUGCAUGUGGAUGCAGAGCAUUACUGAAUGUGGGUGCAGAGCAUUACUGCAUGUGGGUGCAGAGCAUUACUGAAUGUGGGUGCAGAGCAUUACUGCAUGUGGGUGCAGGGCAUUACUGCAUGUGGAUGCCUGCUUCCCUUCUUCCAGAAGGACUGAAACGUUCCCACUAUGUGGAAAGAAAGUGAUUCCGAAGGAAUGCAGGACGUAACCCUCCUGUUAAGGAGAACCGAGUCGUUCAGAGCUGAACGCCGACUGUUCUUAACCUCAGUGAGGUUGCACGGGUCCAUCCAUUGAGAAAGCUGUAUGUGCUGAGAUGUUCAGGUCAGUGUUUGCUCAGGACCCCCCCACAGGCUGCAGCUGGGGCUGGGCUGAGCACAUACAUGACAAUCCGGCUGCCAGCAGGUUCUAUGAUAUUUGUAGACUGUAUUGAGAUUGCUCCAUAAAAGGGCUGUACCAUAACUCCAACUGUGUAGAGGAAAUUCCUCCCAAUGUCUUGCUCACAUCACGGUGCUGUUUGUGAGGUUCAGGAUACGUGUGCCUUUUAUAAAGGUGACAGCAACUUCUAAUAUCCUUAUAGGAAUGAAAGUUACGGCCGUGUUGUCGAUUUUACAUGAGAUAUUUAUCAGUCUUUUAUGAAAGGCAGUUGUAUAAAUUAUAUUUACUGUUCGGUUACCCCCACUGGGGAGAAUGUAAACUCAGUGCUGUCCUUAGAGGAUGUUAUAAUGUUAUAUGAGCAUAACUUGUGUCAGAACCCUGCCUGAAUUCAGGGGUCGCACAAAACUUCCAUCAGAACAAAACUAAAUAAAAUUGAGUUAAUUAAGAAUAA